AUGACAGAGGACGACAACGCCUUCUGGCAAUUCUUGCCUGACCUGACCGAGCCCCGUUUCGCGACUUUGCAACAACAGGACGCACAUGAGUAUGCAGCAGCUUUCGAACGCAACGCGCAGCCUCCUUGGCUGCAUGGGUUAUGGCAGCAUUGGAGGCAAUUGUUUGAAGAGCCGUUUUGGGGAAUCACAAACGAUGGAGUGAUACGACCAGGCCUCUUUUCGCUUCAGGAGGAGGAUGUUCUUGUGGCCGAGAUAGCCACCGUAGCUCAGAGAUUACUCUCGUUACUGGAAGAAAAUGAGAGGGAGCGUAUCAGCUACCAUAUCGAUUCACCUGAAUGGAGAUCCUGGUCUAACCCGGAGUUCCUGCUGAGCAACAAAGGCAUUCGACUGGACGAGGUGAAUGCCAACGUACGCGACGCCGCUAUGAAAUUACUGCAGCGCACACUGUCAUUGGAAGGCUACCAGAAAGCUCUCGGGGCUAUGCGGAUCAACGGGUUUCUAGGCCGUCUAGUAAAGGCUCUGCGCAUCUGCAACGACUUCUCGUACAACCUGGUACUAUUUGGGAGACUUUCAGCUACUACGCCAUGGGGCUUCUCUUUUUAUGGUCACCAUCUUUGCCUCAAUGUUUUACUUUAUCGUAACCAGACAGUCGUAUCUCCAUGCUUCACUGGAGCUGAGCCGAAUGUCAUUGACGAUCCCCACGACCCCUAUGUAGGCACACGUAUCUUACAGGAAGAAGAACGCCUCGGACUACAGCUCAUACAGUCACUUCCACCUUAA